AUGAUGAAAUUUCAAACCAGCGAUUUGGUAACUAAGCCUUUGCUCAUGUCAGCGGACGAUAAACGACGUCGAGUCGGACUGAUCGGCAGUUGGCCGUUUCUCGAUGCUUUUGCGAUAUUUUGUUUAUUUAUGGCGGCUCCUGGUGACAUUGAAGUUGCUGUGGGCUUAAUGGUUUUGUACUGGCGCCGAAGCUCUCUCAAGCUGGCUCUCCAUUUGGCUGCUGCAUUCGUGAGUGGGUUGCUGAUCUACUCUGGGGUCAACGUUUGGUCUUAUAUUUAUACGCUAUGUGCUGCUCUACUUGCUUCUAGAGGAUCUGGGUCGAGUAACUGGCUCAUCAAUGUGGUCUUUUUGUAUGUGGGCACCACGGCACUACGGCUGCUCGGUCGGCUAAGCUUUGACCAUGAGCUCCACGUUGGUGUCGAGGUUAUUUUGGGUCAGAUUUUAUGUGCAUUGGCACAUGAGCUAUUAGAUAUUCGUACCGAGUCUGAUGAACCCCCGAAAAAAGGGCGCAAGCUCGCGGUGAUGAAAUCGCGUCAACCGAUGUGGACUUUUAUUGCAUUAGCACUAUCGAAACGCAAAAAGAAGGACGUGUAUGAACCAAUUGUUGUCCGCUAUGUUGAAGAUCGCAUUAUAGGACUGGAAACUGAGGCGUUGCCAGUUCUCGUCAAUGAUGUCGCAUGGUCGCAAACUCACCAUUUGCAGGGCGUCUUGUUGAUAUAUGGACUCGAGCCUUCUACAAAUUACAAGAUCCAAGUUGGAGAGUCUGUUGUUGAGUGUUUAACAGCGAAUCAGCGGAGUGAGUCACCAAGUUGGACCGCCGAAGAGAUCAUUGCCGCAGCAGAGAUUGCUUUAAACGAAGCCAAAACGAAGCUACGCAAGUCCAAGAGAGACCAAGCGAAGAAAUUAGCUACGAUCCGUCAAGAAAUUGUUGCUUUGAAUGACCGCCAAGAUAGUACUGCCAAGGCUGAUGAAAGAGCACGUCGCAAACUUUUGUCACUGCAAGAUCAGGUUCGCCAGCUCGAAGAAGACACUAAGGAGUUGCAGGCCCGGGAAAAAGAGCUGAAUGAUCGACGGCCAGAGGCUAAAGCAGCGUUCGCCGUGAGAGAACGUGAAUGGAACGACAAGCGGCUAGAAGCGGAAAAAGUACGGGAGGAGCUGCAAAAAGUCAGCUCUGAGCACUCUGCCCAAGUCCGUGAGCUCAACGCUUCUAUUGCGGAGCUGGAAGCUCGGGAGUUGACCUUGAAGGCCAAAGCAGACUCUCUUGCCCAGGAAGCUACUGAGAUAUCCCAGUCCACUGAGCUGGCAGUCAAAGCACUAAUUGACUCAAGAGCAGAAGCAAGAGAAGCCAAACGGAGACGUCGAGCCCGCCAAGAAGAGGAGCUCCAGGCCUCCAUUGAUAAACUCAAGCGCGGAGUCGCCGACAUGGAGCAGCGGGCAUUAUUGGUGACCCAAGCUGCCGGCAAAUGGUCAACAGAUUGGUCGUGA